CAAAGAAUAUUAUAUUACAGCCGCACGGCACGACACAAGACACAAAACAAACAGACUAAACCAGCUCCCAUCGUAGCCACUCAAUCAUCUAAGAACUCGAACUCAGCAUCUGAUUCGAACCCAGAUUCAUGCUCAACAUACAUAUCUCCGCUAGAUUCAGUAUAUAUCUGAUUAUUGUGUAUGGCUGAUAAGUUGACCAAUCAUGCUUAUAUCAGCAAGAAUUUACAUCAGAAGAUCCUACACAACGACAUGCGUUGCCUAUGCUCACACAAUCAAAACCCCAUCAAUUCAAGAACCCCACAAUGUCAACAUGUUCCAAGUCAACACUGAACUCAAGGAGCUUGUGAAAUCAGGAAAACUGAAUGGUGCACGCCAAGUGUUUGAUAAAAUGCCUCAAAGAGACGAAGUCACAUGGACCACCAUUAUCUCUGGCUAUGUGAAGGCUGCUGAUCCAUCUGAAGCAUUGUCGUUGUUUUCCACCAUGUGGGUCGACCCGUCUCAGCGAAUGGACCCGUUUUUACUCAGUCUAGCACUCAAGGCAUGUGCUAUAAGUUUCGGUGCUAAACAAGGCGAAUCGCUUCAUGGGUACUGCGUAAAAACUGAUUUUGUGAGCUCUGUUUUUGUGGGUAGUGCUCUUUUGGACAUGUAUAUGAAGAUUGGGAAAGUUUAUGAAGGUUGUCGGGUGUUUGAUGAGAUGCCGAUAAGGAAUGUAGUUUCCUGGACUGCGGUUAUAACCGGUUUGGUGCGUGCUGGUUUAAACAUGGAGGGUAUUGCGUAUUUUUCUAAGUUAUGUAGGAAUAAUAUGGCGUAUGACUCGUAUACAUUGGCUAUCGCAUUAAAGGCAUGUGCUGAUGCGUGUUUGUUACGUACGGGUAAAGAAAUUCACGCCCAAACGUUAAAGAAAGGUUUCGAUACGACUUCAUUUGUUGCUAAUACUCUUACAACCAUGUACAACAAGUGCGGGAAGGCAGAGUACGCGUUGUACUUGUUUGAAACAAUCAAAACGAAAGACGUGGUUUCGUGGACUACGAUCAUCACAUCUUAUGUUCAAACGGGUCAAGAUCACAAGGCAGUUAACGCAUUCCUGCGAAUGCGCGAAUCCGAAGUGAUCCCCAACGAGUACACUCUCGCAGCAGUCAUCUCCGGUUGUGCGAAUACCGCACAGAUUGACUUGGGUCAACAGUUUCACGCCCACGUGUUACAUAACGGGCUUAUGAGUUGUAUGUCAGUUGCUAAUUCGGUUAUGACAAUGUAUUCAAAAUGCGGGAAGUUACAUUUAUCGUCAAUCGUUUUUCACGAAAUGACUCAAAAAGACAUCAUUUCAUGGAGCACGAUAAUCGGGGGGCAUGCGCAAGGAGGAUUCGGAGAAGAAGCGUUUCGAUACCUCUCGUUAAUGAAAAAAGACGGACCAAAACCGAAUGAAUUUGCAUUCUCGAGUGUAUUAAGUGUUUGCGGAAAUAUGGCGAUUCUCGAACAGGGUAAGCAACUUCAUGCUCAUUGCAUUUGUGUCGGUCUGGAUCAUACCGCUAUGGUAAGAAGCGGUUUGAUCAAUAUGUACUCAAAAUGCGGGAGCAUAAACGAAUCUUUAAAGAUAUUUAACGAAGCCGAACAUAACGAUAUUGUGUCAUGGACAGCCAUGAUUAACGGAUAUGCCGAACACGGGUUGAGUCAACAAGCUAUAGACCUAUUCGAGCGUCUCGUUAAAGUCGGUCUACGACCCGACGCAAUCACCUUCAUUGGCGUUCUAACCGCGUGUAGCCACGCCGGUCUAGUCGAUCUCGGCUUUCAUUACUUCAACCAAAUCACAAACUACAAACUUAGUUUAUCCAAAGAACAUUACGGUUGUAUGAUCGAUCUCCUUUGCAGAGCCGGGCGGUUACGUGAGGCUGAAAACAUGAUAACCGACAUGCCGUAUAACGUGGACGACGUUGUCUGGUCAACUCUGUUGAGAGCUUGUAGAUUACACGGAGACGUUGACUUAGGGGCACACGCGGCAAAACGGAUUCUUGAAAUGGACCCAAAUUGCGCGUCGACACAUAUUAUGUUGGCGAAUUUGUAUUCGGUUAAAGGUAAGUGGAGGGAAGCUGCGGAAAUGAGGAGAUUGAUGAGACGAAAAGGCGUUAUAAAGGAGCCUGGAUGGUCCUGGAUUAAGAUUCGGGAUUGUGUGUUUGCGUUUGCGGCCGGUGAUCGUUCGAAUCCUCAAUGGGAAGAUAUAUGUUGCGUAUUGGGAUUAUUGUCUUCAAAGGAACAAGUGUUUGUUAAUGUAGAAAAUGUAUUAGUUUACAAUAUAGAUGAAGUUGAGGAGAAAUUUUGGCAAUGAGAUUUUCAAAUUUUAAGUUAUUUAUUAUUGUAUUGUUUA